AAAUUAUCACUAUUUUUUUUUUUUUUUUAAUAUAUCGCAACAAUGCGCAUUUUAAUUGUUUUUGCAAUAAUUUGUUUGGCUGCAUGCGCUGCUGAGAAAAAAAUUGUCUGCUACUAUGGUAGCUGGUCAGUUUAUCGCCCGGGAAAUGGAAAAUUUGACAUUGGGGACAUAGACCCGACGCUGUGUACUCAUUUGAUUUACACGUUCGUUGGGUGGAAUGGAAAUGACAUAAAAGUACUCGAUCCUUGGAACGAUUUACCGAAUGGCUUGGACGGAUUUGGUCGAUUCAAUGCUCUGCGUAAGAAGAGUCCAUCGAGCAAGACAUUGGUAGCCGUUGGCGGCUGGAAUGAGGGUUCAGUGAAAUACUCCAAGAUGGCGAGCAAUCAAGAAUCGCGGGAACGUUUCGCGGACAGGGCUGUGGCAUUUGUGAAGAAAUGGGGCUUCGAUGGAUUCGAUCUCGACUGGGAAUAUCCUAACCAACGUGGUGGCUCAGCUAAGGACGUUAAGAACUUCAUCAAGCUGCUGAAAGUUAUGAGACAGAGGUUCGAUAGAGCGGGAUUGAUACUGAGUGCCGCCGUAGCUGCCGCUGAAUUGUCGGCAUCUAAAUCUUAUGAUAUUGCUGAGAUGAGCAAAUACUUGGACUUUAUAAAUCUGAUGGCUUAUGACUUCCACGGUGACUGGGAACCCAAGACUGGUUUCAAUGCCCCAUUGCACGCUGCCGCAAGUGAUUCAUACGAAGCCCGUGGAUUGAAUUCGGAAGCAGCAGUCAAGUACUGGUUAUCCAAAGGAGCCCCCAAUGAAAAAUUGAUCCUCGGAGUCCCAACCUACGGACGUACCUUCACUCUCGCGAAUCCCCAAUCCUACGGAAUUGGAGCCGCUUCCUCAGGAGCUGGUGCCGCAGGACCUUACACCAAACAAAUAGGAAUGCUUGGUUACUACGAAAUCUGCGAGAUGCACAAGAACGGCGGAUGGAAUGUCAACUACGAUGAAGAAAGACAAGCCCCAUGGGCACACCAGGAUCGUCAAUGGAUCGGUUUCGACAACAUCAAAUCGAUAAAAGCAAAGGCCGAGUUCGCUAAACAGAUGGGUCUAGGUGGUGCCAUGGUCUGGUCUAUCGAAACCGACGACUUCCGCGGAAUUUGCGGUGAAAAAUACCCGCUGCUAAAAACACUGAAUGCCGUUUUACUCAACGGUGAAGAGGUUUCCCAAGACCAGGAUAUCAUUGGCAAUAAUGACAUUCCCAAUGAAGUGGACGAAUCAAAUAACUCAGACGAUUCAACUUCACCAGACAACGAACCUAGACCUCCACCACCAACUCCCAUCGGUAAUUGCCAAACAGAAGAACCCGCGGCCUUACCAGGUUCCUGCGACUUUGUAAUGUGUUCUUCCAAUCAUCGUGGCGGAUACUACGAGACUCCAAUGAAGUGUCCUAAAUUACUUUGCUUUAAUCCUACGGCACGUGUUUGCGACUGGCCCAAAAGGAAUUAAAUCACCCGCCCGGGUUAAAAAAGUUAUAUGUAAUUAUAUACAAUUAUAUGUGG